AUGCCUUCAUUGCGUCAACUGUGUACCUCGGCCCUGCUGGCCGCAUCUGCAGCCCACGCAUCAGAAAUCAACGAUUUCUCCUGCGAAAGCUCGUCCAACCCCAUCGUCUUCCUACAUGGCCUGGGUGCCACCUUCUACGAAGAUCUGAACUACAUGCAAUACUGGUUCCAAGCUCAGGGCCACUGCACGUACGCUAAGACCUAUGGAGCUUACGAAGGUUUCCCAUUCGUGGGCGGCCUGAAGGCGAUCAACGAAUCCGCUCCCGAGAUCGCCGCCUACAUCAAAGAGGUUGUCGAGAAGACCGGCAGCAGCAAGGUGAACCUGGUCGGCCACUCCGAAGGUGCUUUCCAAUCCCUCUACGUCCCCAAAUUCGAAGGCGUCUCGGAUCUCAUCGAUAAGAUCGUCGCUAUCGCUCCCCCCACUCACGCCACUACCUUUGCCAACCUCUACGACCUCGCUUACAUCGCCGGUAACUUCUCUCGUGAACUUAUUGGUGAUGUCCUGGAUACUGUGGGCUGUGCUGCCUGUAACGACCUCGGCCCCGACGGUCCUGCUGUUGAGCGUCUGAAUGAUGGAAACCCCAUUGCUCAGACUGGGAACAGCUUGACUGUCAUUGCCUCCAAGUAUGAUGAGCUAGUCACCCCGACCACCACUGCCUUUGUGCAUGAGGAUGGAGUCAACAACAUUUGGGUUCAGACUACCUGCCCUCUUGACCCUGUUGGACACAUUGGUGAGGCCUAUGACUUGAAUGUUUGGAACUUGGUCAAGAACGCUUUGGAGGAUACUCCCGACCGCGAGUUCAUUUGCGUGAUCGGCUCUCCUGGGAAAUAA